CCCUCCUCCACGCUGUCCGCCAAGCUGAGGGCCGGGAGUUCGCUCUGAGGCGCGGGUGUCGGGAUGUUCCGGGGCCGCAGCGCCUGGUUCUCGCAGAGCGUCAGCCGGGAACUCCGCGAUUUGUGGGUGGCUGAAGGAGGCGUGAUUUCAACUCAUCAUGGUGCUGAUUACCUGUUCAGCAGUGAUGCUUCACACCCUGAUACACAGAGGUACACUUUAAUACACCAGAGCCUAGAUUAUAUAGAGGGUAAAGCUACAAUUUUUCAUUCUUGUUAUCUCUCUGCAAAUGCAAGUGCCAGCUCUGAAAUGAAACAGACAGUGGCUUUGGGUCACUUCAUCCUUCCCCCUGCCUGUGUACAAGAAGAAAUUAGAAGAAAACUUGGUAGUUUUAUAUGGGAGCAGAUGAAUGAUUCCCUGAUGGAACAGCUUGAUGAAUUAACACCAGUUGAAAUAAAGACUAGCAUAAAAGAGGAUGAGCAAAGAAUAAAGGGCAAAAAAGACCUGGAUGGAAGCAGUAAAGAAAAAAGAGUAUCAAAAACACCAGUGGGAGGGAAACUUGCAUACUGUCCACUUCAGGAUUAUCCAGUGAACAACAUGGUGACAGGUUAUGUCUCUUCUAGUGAGAUGAAGAAAUACCUUGGGGAACUACAUGACUUCAUUCCUGGCACUUCAGGUUACUCGGUAUAUUGGAUUAAAAAUGAAAUGGACAUUUUCUCUGAUGUGAAAAAUAAAUUGAAAAGAAAACUAUAAAUGACAUUUAAAUUGUUUGUAUCAAAACAUAACUUGGCUUUGCUAAAACAUUGCUAAAUAUACAUAUGUCCGUUUAAUAACAUCCCAUAUUUAGCAUUA